ACUAGUGCAAUCUCAGAUCCGACUAUGUUUAAGUUUCAGUUCAUAAUAAACAUGUUUAAACAGUGGAAGUAAUUUUAUUUGUUCUGUACAUACUUUACAAAUAAAUAGGUCACUAUGAACAUUCCUCCAAUUCAGCAACCAGGAGCAAUUGGAGUAGGGCAGAUGACACAGCCUGUAAAUCCUCAACUUCCUCAGAAUCCACAGCAAGCACAACAACCACAGGUUCAACAACAGCAGCAGCAACAACAACAACAGCAACAACCUCCAGAAAAACUUGAUAAUAUUUCUAAAGUUAAGUCAUUGAUUGGACCAUUGAGAGAAUCAUUGGCCAUAGCUCUGAAAACUGCAGCACAUACAUUGCAUCAAAAUAGUCUAGUAGAUGUUGGGUCCCUUAAGGGUAUUGAUCAACCUGAUCACAGAUUCAAUAAAUAUAUGGAAGAAUUUUACUCUAUCUGUGAUCAAAUAGAAUUACAUUUAAAAACUUCUAUAGAAUGUUUAUCACAAAAUUCUAGUUCUUUAAGAUAUCUACCAGUAUCCAUUAUGCCAACACGUAUUGAUAGUGUUGGAGCUCAAGAAGCACCUGUUUUAAUGUAUCCUCAGUUCUUGAUGACUGUAAGAGCACAAGUUGCAUAUGCUCGUGAAGUUCAUGAUACUUUAGUUUCUGCUGCACAAUCAAUAGCAUCAGGUGAAUAA